AUGGCGCCAGAUGCCAUAAUAGCUCAUAUACAACAUGAUCUCAAGGCCUGUAUUGCAAAGGAAUUGGAACAGAUGGACCUGAAGUUUGGAGCUGAUAUUUCUGCUACCAUGCCUGAUAGAAUUAAGGCUGUAAUUGCUGCUUGUGGUUGA